GUUCUCUCGAUGGCAGCAUAAACGAGUGUAAGAGGCGAUGAUAGAGAGAAGGCGAGAAGAGAGAAAAAGACACGCGUGGAGGACCCGGCGACGCACGACCACGCGAUCUCUCUUGCCCCUUUGACUAGUUUGUUACACGAUCAGUGUCUGCAGUCUACCAAAGCAGCAAGUUAAAGAUACCAACUGUAUUUUUGUGUCAAAUAAUUUUUAUGGUAAAGUGACGACGAACGAUACCUUUGACCUGAUCGCGUGCAUAAGGUGGAAAAGUGCUGGUGAACUUUGUUGAGAAAAGAAAAAAGGGUGAGAGAGAAUCUAGUGCUCUUAUUCUUAUUCUUCUUCUUCUUCUUGGUCGUGAGCUUCCGGGUAAAGAAUGUGGGCUGGACAAGACGACACGCAGAGGUUUAAAACCAGAGUACUAAAACCACCAGGUGGUGGAAGCAGUGAUAUUUUUGGCAGUGGUGAAGAAACCAGUCCUCGUCGUGUGAAAAAUCACAAUUCUUCUCAACUUGGAUCAGCUCUUUAUGGUGAUAGCGGUUCAAGUACAGGCAGCACCAGUCCUGAAACGCCGCGUGCAAACAAGCCUGGUAAUGAUUCAUACAAACGCCUGUUUGGUCCCCCUGAUCCUGCUCCCCAAAACACCAAAAAUCACAUGCGCAGCAACAUCUCUCUCUGCGGAGAUGAUAUCGACAGUGUUAACGGUUCUAUUUCUCACGUAAAUAAGAACGAUGAGUCUAAUGGGACUCACAUCAAUGGCACUACCGCUUUCAACGGCAACGCAAUUAUUAAUGAUAACACAGCUUUUAGGAGAAUCAAACGAUUUCGAGGAUCCUCUUGCUUAACGCGGAAUCCUGUCACUGGAGAUGGAAUUGAAAUUACGCCAAUUAGGCGCACCAGAAGGUGUCGAGAUCGUAACCCGGUUACUGGCAUCACUCCUGAUCAACAAAAUAACUCAUCAUCGCACAAUGGCAGCAGCUCUUCAAGCAUUAACGGUGAUUCCAAGUCUACCACCGAUUCAUCUCCAUCAAGCACAAAACCACGUACUCGUGUACCACCUGGCGGGUAUUCUUCAGGGCUUUGGUAAAAGAACCCUCUAGAUGCACAACUUACGGCGAAAUAAAAUCAGUUUUAUUUAUUUCCUCUGAAAUUAAUGUUCUUUCGAAA